AUGAUAGCUCAAACAACAUCUACACACAGAGAGCCCACGGCAGCAACGUUGAGAGCAGCGAAGGCGGCAGCUAACUCACCUCAUGCGCUGGUCAACCUCAUCCGAUUUGUCGGCUCUCUUCAAAGGCAAAUACCGAACUCUGAGGUCACCCACCUGACAUUGAUCAAGGACCAGCAGGACUUGGAAUAUGCUCGGAUACUUCUUGAAGCUAUUAGGAAUGGCAAUGAAGGACCAUCAACUUCGUCGGAAACCCUCAAUGAUUUGGAAAGGACUUUGAACAGGAUAGAAGAACGAAUGUCCACUUUAUCCGAGCAAGACACUUCGAUAUUCUCCAUAUCCUCUUCACCCCCAACCCCAAUAUCCGAUCCGAAAGACUCUCCCACUGUCUCUCCACUUCCUCUACCGUCAGAAGCUCGUAACCUUUCGUCACGAUCAUCCAUCAUCCGACAACGAACAUCUGUACAAGAAUAUCUUCGGCGACGUAUCGAAGAAGAUCGUCAAGGUGGUGAAAUUGGAUUACUCCCUCUCAAAAUACCCAUCAAGCCUAUCAGGAAAGAAGAUCGUGACAUACUGUUCUCAGGAGUGAAAGGUGGUAUGGGUUCAGCUCGAUUGCAUGAGGAACUAGGUGGUCAAUUGGCCGAUAUGUCACAUAGAUUGAAAUUGAACGCUGUGCAUUUUGCCAACUCUCUAGAAGAAGAAAAAGCGAGUUUAGAUACUUCAACAGAUGUAUUGGAAAAGAACUUGACAGCUACAAGACAGUCCAAGUCGAAUUUGUCAAAAGUGUCCAAAAAGGGAAGAGGGACAACAUGUAUGACUUUGGGAGUGGUGAUUCUGGUCAUGUUGCUUUUCAUGUGGACUUAUAUGGUCAUACGGUUCACAUGA